UUUAUCAGCCGAGAGACUCUUCUUCUCUAUGCUUAAGCUAUCAAACUCUUCUUCUCUAUAACAAAAAGAUUUUCACCUUUGAAAUUUGCUUGCGGCAAUGGCGCCUGGUUGGCGACGAGCUUUUUGUACUUCAAUACCUAAAGAGAGAGAAGCAGCGGUGGUGACGGAUAAGCAGCAGCAGCAGCAUGAACAAAAACAACAACGACAUUGUAAUAGCCAGAGCACGAGAUUGACUUCUAAAUUUGGGUUUUUUUCGAAUCCUUCGACGCCUAGGUUACAGUCUCAGCCAGUUUCGAGCUCGAGCAUGAGAUGCAAAACCAGUACUACGACGUCGGUUCCCAGUAGCCCCAGACUUCAAUGCAAAACCUCUACUGAUUCUACUCCAUGGAAAAGCAGUAGCACAGGGCACAGUCCCAGAUUAUUCCGUUUCUCCGAUGCAUCUUCUCCUAAAUCUCCCUCUGGCUUCUCUUUACUCAAGGCCACCUUACGUCUCUCCAAAAGUAGAUGUGGAAUCUGUUUGCAGAGCGUGAAGACUGGACAAGGAACCGCCAUUUUCACGGCGGAGUGUUCUCAUGUAUUUCAUUUUCCCUGCAUAACUUCUCACGUCAACAACGACAACCAUGUUUUAAGCUGCCCAGUCUGUAACACUCACUGGAAACAACUCCCUCUUUUGUUUAACCAAGACGACAACAACAAACACUUUCAAGUAUCAAAAAGUUUCAAAGUUUACAAUGACGACGAGUCUUUAGCAUCUCCAAUCUCCCUGUCUCACUUCAAUCCCAUUCCCGAAUCCUCCGAAGAGGAAGAACACAAUCAAGAAUCCCAAGGAUUAUAUUCCACCACCACCGCCUCUUCUACGUCCAACGUUCAUAUUGCUUUGUUGCCUGAGGCCGCAGUGGUUACGGUUGGAAGGAAUUAUGAGACGUAUGCUAUGGUUUUGAAGGUUAAGGCGCCACCUUGUGCUGCAGCGCGUGCGAUGAGACGCGCUCCUGUGGAUUUAGUGACGGUUUUGGAUGUGAGUUUGAUCAUGGGAGGGUCCAGGCUUCAGAUGAUGAAACGGGCGAUGCGGCUGGUGAUUUCGAAUUUGGGUGCAUCAGAUCGUUUAUCGAUCGUUGCGUUUUCCACUGCUUCUAAAAGGUUAUUGCCGUUACGGCGAAUGACCGCCAAUGGACGGAAGUCUGCACGCAGAAUCGUGGACGCCAUUGGGAUUACUGGUCAAGGAAUGACUGUAAGCGACGCGCUGAAAAAAGCGGCCAAAGUACUCGAAGAUCGGCGCGAGAGAAAUCCCUUCUCUACCAUUCUGGUUCUAUCAACAAGUAACACCUCCUCCGAUCAGGGCCGUUCACUACCUGUCGUGUCGUCAACGCGCUUUUCGCACUCGGAAAUCCCCGUACAUACCAUUGGUUUCAGUGACAACGGCGCGUCCAACCACGCCCUGCAUGAUGAGGCGUUUUCCAAAUUCAUUGGUGGAUUAUUGAGCGUGGUGGUCCAGGAUCUGAAGCUCCAGCUGGGAUUCAUAUCCGGAUCGGGUCAUACAGAGAUUACUGGGGUUUAUUCUCUGACGGGCCGGCCCGCAUCUCUCGGAUUGGGGCCAGUUCGAGUCGGGGAUUUAUACACGGAGGAGGAGAGAGAACUGUUAAUUGAAUUGAAAGUAGCCGGUUCAGCAAUCGGUUCCCAACACGUGCUGUCCGUCCGGUCUUCUUACAAAGAACCAUCAUCACAGGAAGUGAUCUUCUCUAAGGAGCAACCAAUUUUGGCACCUACGCCGCAAACCGUUAGAUCCUCGACUCCCAGCAUCGUACGGUUGAGGAAUCUCCACAUAACCUCUCGAGCCGUUGCCGAGUCUAGGAGAUUAAUCGAGAUUAACGACUUUUGCGGAGCUUACCACUUGCUGUCUUCGGCUCGAGCUUUGUUGAUGCAGAAGCGAACCAAAUGGGCUGAGGAAUACGUAUGCGGCUUGGAAGCUGAGCUUGCCGAGUUGCACAAGCGUAGACAACAGCAGCAGGUGCAGGGUCAGAGGGGAAGAGUGAAUGCACAAAUGGCGGAGGAGAAGCCGGAGCCGCUGACGCCGACAUCGGCUUGGAGAGCCGCGGAGAGAUUGGCUAAAGUGGCUAUUAUGAGGAAGCAUCUGAACAGAGUCAGCGAUCUGCACGGCUUUGAAAAUGCAAGAUUUUAAUAUUAAUAUUAAUAGUAAUAUAUAUUUGUUUUCUAAAUAUUUGUGAUAGAAAAGGGAAAUAUAAUAUGAAUAGUAGGAAUAUGAAUAAAAAUAAUUGAAAUUAUUGGUAUAUAGUGACAAGAAGCAGUAGAGGACGGCUAGGCCCUUUCUGCAGAGGGUAAAAGGACAGAUAGUGAAAUGAAAGAAAAGCCUUAAAAGCCAUAUGAGAUGAACUACUGAGUUUUCAGGACUCUCUUUUGUCAUUAUUAUUCAUUAAAAAUAAUUGAAAUUCAGUAUAAAAUAACGACGAAAACUUGGUAGGGAAUGGGGGUCUUUUCUUUGUUUGUUUGUUUGUAUGUGUUUAGAUUUUUGUGUUAUUUUGUUGGUUUGGGCCUCAAAUCUCA